CAUCUCAUCAUUUCUUUUAUUUGUCCUAUAAAUCCAAUAUAAAUGUGCAACCGGCUGGUUGAUGCCAAACAUCUAAGACUUAGCAGAAAAGCAAUAUGGGCACUGCGACGUAUUGUGCACUAACAUCAGUUGUCGUUGUUAUUGCGAUUUCAAUUGGACUAAUUGCAAGCUCACUGAAAAAGUUGAGCACAGAAGAAGCUGGUUUGCAAUAUGACGUUCAUCAGCACAAGCUUAAAAGUAAAGUAUACACAGCUGGCCUUCAUGCUGGCCCACCAGGAUACAAAUUCAUUAAAUUUCCACGUGUUUACCGCACCAUUUCUUUUCCUGAAGUGCAAUGCUUAAAUAAAGAUGGUUUGACAAUAGAAUUGAGUGUGCAGUUUCAGUACUUAGCCAGUUUAAAAGACGAAGAUUUAAAGGGGAUUAUUAUGGAAUUCAAAGAUCAUGACAACUACAAGGAGGUUGUGCAAGAUGCAGCACAAGAAGUGAUCCACAACACCUGCAGUGAGUUUAAUGUGACAGAAUUUCAAACUUCACGGGUUGAAUUUCAAAACAAAAUUUUGUCAUCUUUGCAAGCCAGAUUACUGUCUGAUUUCAAAACAACAGUUCGUGAUGUGCAGGUGAGUAACAUCAAACGCCCUUCAGCAUAUGAAAAAGUUGUGAGAGAUAAAGAAGCUGCGAAACAAAAUAUUGCUGUAGCUGAACAAGAAAGACCAAGAAUUCUUACUGCUGCUAAUACUAAGUUGAAAGAAGCACAAACGCAAGCUAACAUUACUCUUAACAAGGCUCAUACUGAUGCUCGUAUCGCGAUAACCAAAGCUAAUGCUGAAGCAGAAGCGAUACAAAACGCUUACGAGACGGAAGCCAAAACAUACGCGAGCAUAAUGAUUGUGCAGAACCUGACAGUGAACGGUUUGCUUUCGUACUUAUCCACGAGAGCUGUUCAAACAGCGAAGAAAGACGUUUUUGUAAAUAUCGAUGCUCCUGCGAAGACCAGUUUUCCGUGAUAAAUUAAUGUCGUGUGUCAUUGGUUAAUACGGAAAAUGAAAAUUGCCAAUAGCGCCAUUUAUUUUGUUGUAUUUCUUUCUUCGUUUGAAUCGUUCCAUUAUUUUUCUACAGACAGCAGACUUUUCAGUGUGUCUAAGGAAAAACAUUAAAAACGUUAAACUUCAAAAAACAUCUCUGUCCUACGUUGGCACCCUUUCUCAUAGUAACUUGUUGCUUACAACAAACUUUUAAUGCUACCCUACCCAUGAGUUUAAAUUUUUAACAAAACUAAUAAGAUUUUUUUUGACAUUCGCAUUGAUUGUGUCGAGGUAUUUUUCACGUUGUUUUUUAAGUGGUAAAAUAAGCAUUUUUUCAUUGUUUUUUACCAAUAAUUACGCUGCUGCCAAGUUUUAUGUCAUUUUUUGUGCGACCACGAUUGUUCAAUUUUUUUUCUUUUUAUGUUAUUAAAACUUGUUUAAAAAAAUCGUAUCAGGGUGGUGUGGUGAUUUUGUCAGGACAAUAUCACGAACUUCAUCAGAUCAAUUCAUCUAUUUUAAUGUACUUGUUUUUCCAUUUUUUUAAUGUUUUUAUUUGUAUAUAUAUAUAAAUUUAUUUACCUAAAGUUCGACAAUUUUUUAAAUUAUUUUUUUUCAUAAAAAUGUUCAUUGUGUUAUGUUCUAUGUUUGGUUCUGCGGUGUAAGUCUGUGUUUUGUACUGUGUGUUACGUGUUGGCAUAUAAACAUGUAUUUUUGAUCUACAGUUAGUUUAUGUUGAACAUAUUAGCUUCAAAAUA